UGAAGAAUUAAAAAAACAAAAACAAUCAGUUUACGAAGUCAAUAUUCCUAUUUUCAGGUUUUAGUCUAAUUCGAAACAUUUUGAGUAGAUAUAGAUCUAAAUCAUAAGUCCAGACUAGUUAACUAGUUCUAGAGAAUCUAGAUAAAGGUAUCUCAAUUUAAAAUGAUCACAUCAGUAAUAAGGGUUAAGCGUAGAAUAGAUGAAGAUCCAGCUGAAGCAUUAAUCGUUUCUUGUAAAAGAAAAAAGCAAACUGAGAACCUUGCUUGUGAAAAUGAUGUUGAAAGUAUUUUUUCGUUUGCAGGGACAAUAUCUUCGAAGCAUGAUCCUGUCCCACAACAAAUUAAAGAAACCAUAAAGAAAACAGAGUUAACCACCCAUGCUGCCAACUUGAAACAUCCACAAAGAAGAGUAGAGUACACUUCAGAACUUCGUCAAAAGAAAGAUCGAGCAUCUCGUGCAAAUAGAUUUCGUAUCAUAUGUAGUCGGCGCGCCCUGGAUAUAGAUGCUUUAGACAGUAAGAAGGUAGCACCAGACAGCCCUGAAGAAAAAAACAGUAACUUGAAAAAACAAAAUUCUCCAGGCUGUGGAGAAUCUAAGUUGAACAAAGAUCUGGACAUAGCAAUACAAGCAGAAACAUCAGAUCAAUCAAGUACAGACUUCAAAUCAUCUUCCAAAGCUGAUACUUUAGAAGUCCAGACGGAGAAGACACUUUGUCCCGACACUAAGCUCUCUUCUGACAAAUGUGAUGAUUCUGCUUUGACGGAAGAAGACAAAGUUUUCUGUAUACUUGAUGUGGAAAAUGAUCAGGAAGACGUGAUGAGAGAAACUUCUAAGCAAUCAGUAAGUAGAAUAACUCUUAACAAUAUUCCAAUGGUAAGUCAUAGAGUUAUGUCCCCACCUGAGAAUGAAAGAGACUUUGUCUAUGAUCUUUAUUACGCUCACGAACGAUUGGAUAACCUUGACCCUGAAGCUGUGUUCACCGUAGAAGCGCUAUGUGAAGAACUGAUUAAUGAAGAUGUGGAGGAUUUUCAAGACAGAGAUGACUUCCGUGAUGACAGCGACGACAGCAAUGACGAGAGUAAUUGGAGAAAUGAUUAUCCAGAUGAAGAUCCACAUUUCUUUGAAAAUGAAAAUGUUGAUGAUUACUUUGCAGAAGAUAUGGUAGACACAAAUUUUCUUCAUUGUGGUGAUGAUGAUGAUCAACUGGCUUACUGGAUGGGGACUAGGUGUAAAGUAGAUGAGCAUUCAGAUGAUGAUGAAAAUGACUAUGAGGAAGAUGGCGAUAAAGACUGUGACAAUUCUAGCAAUGAAUACUGAAUUGAUUUUUACUUUUAUGCUUUUUUAAACUAUAGAUUGUCAUUUAUUAAAUGUAUUUUACACUU